AAUAGCAUUGUUACCUGUCAGUCGCAUGCAGACAGUCCUUAUUACGUGCACACGGUGCCUCAACUUUAGCAACUCCACCUUCGUUAUAUCUUCUCAGUCGUCGUCCAAGCGCGUCGUGACGCGAAGCUCCGUUCUACGAUUUCGUUUCGUCGUUGAAUACUGCAGUCUUUAGAGUAGAAGUACUUCGUGCCCUCAUUACGUGACAAAACUAGUUACCAAUGCGAGGAGUAGCGUUUCAAAAGCAACUGAAAACAGUUUGUUAAUAGCCUGAGAAUUCACGUAAUGUUUCGCCGAAAAGAGAGUACAUUUGCGCAAACAGCAGUUUGUUCCUCGUUCCUGUAGUUGUUCACUCGGCAUUGCCUCCUUGUUUGGCGCAUCAUGUGGAAUCGCAAAGUAUUCAUCCGAAUAAUCGAAGUGCUUUUAUGCGUUGCUUGCGUCGUGGCGCUCAGGGUGACGGAUGAUGAGAGUCGAAGGGUGUUCCAUUAUCUGAGGAAUCGUAGCAGGGAGUGGUCGCUGUUGAACAACGUGACAUGGGGCAGUAUAGGUGCUGCUCUUGCAACAGCGACCUGCGGCGGAUAUAUCAUAAUAACGACGGGACUGUUGAUCGCCGCGGCCACCGGGGAACUUCGAGGUCGAAAGACGGAAUUCUUUCUGCUCGGGCUGGGUGUGAUUCUCUUCGGGAUAGUAGGCGCCUUGUCUCUGGCGUCUAUCGAUAGCGUUCCCGACGACUUGGUCGACAAUGCGGCGGUUUUGGGAGCGCUCUGCUUAAUCACAGCAUUGGUCUUCAUCGGAGAUUUGCUGAUGAGCCCACCUAGCAAAAAGGACAAGCAGGACGAGGCGCGAAUCAUCGAAAAAGAUUUAGGAAAGCGAGUAGUGCCAAUAGUGACUACCGAGAAAGACACGAAGCCGAAGUCAAAACAAACCGUCGUAAAACUUCCGGACGACGAAGACGGUCGCCUGAACGACGCUUUCGAAAAGACAGACGAUCGUCGCUUCGAUCGUGCGAAGUCCCAGCAAAGCCCAUCUGAGAAUCGUUCGCCGGACUCUCGUGAUGAUCGAGACAGUCGAGUAUCUCGUGGCGAUCAGGAUCCAAGAGAAGACGCACAGAACUUCGAGAACGGCCGAGCUUUGCGUGACUCACAGAGAUACCGCGAGAUUAAGACCCGAUACGAUCCUGACCGCAAAAGUGAGGAGUCCAGGAUCAUGUACAGAAGUCAGGACGUCUAUCAGCGACCAAUCGACGAAAUCGACACGCCACGGUUUCCGAUGGAAUUCGAGAAAAGAGAUUCGACCUUCGCGAAAAUCAUCAAUCCAAGUGUGAAGAUUAUGAAAGUUGAGCGAGAUAUCGAGGAGGCGCUGGACAAUUACAGAUAUUCGGACAACAGCCAGUACGACAACGUACCGGUCAGGAUGCGCGGUUCAUCUGGGAUCUUGAAGAGUCAUCGCGACGCAUUUUUCAACGUGCCCGCUCCGCCUAAGGAGUACAGGUCCUACAGAGGACAGGAAAGAUCCAAGGAUGAGAUUGAAAUGCUGGAGGAAUGUUUCGGCGUGUUGAAAACCACCGGGACGCAAACUGCGAGGAUACCGUCUUCGGCGAACGAACCGGGAUAUGUCCGGCACACAGCAAGUAAUUGGCCACAGGAUGCCAAGUCGCGAGCAAGUCCUGAUCACAGUAGAAUUUGACUCUUUCAUGACUAACGAGAACUCUUGGUUGCAUUUAUUAUUCGUGACCGUAAGCUUAUUGGAAAUCUGCCAGUUUAGUGGAAGUAUAUUUUCACAUAAGAUAAUUAAUUGAAACUAAACGUUUAGUUCAGUCUUUACGUAAGACAAUUAACUGAUAAUUAACUGAAACUCGUCGAAAAUCUACAUUUAUUUUUAUAGCACUUACUCUUUGCUACCUAUACAUAACGUUUAUCGAAAUUUUUUACAAGUUUUUUAACUAUAAAAUGAGAUUAAAGUGAUUAGGAUGACAUGAGAAUUGUCGUAUUGUCUAAUAUUUGAUAAUACUAUUACAUAUGGAAAUUUAUCAGUUAAGAACAAAAUUGAUUGACGUUUAAAAAUACAUUUCACCAAGGAAAGGCAUGAAGCUUUUUAUGUUUCAGAAUAAAAAUCAGAUAUCUAUAUCGGGAAAAAUAAAAUCAGAAUUUGUUCUACCUAUUAAGUACAUGUGCAAUGUGCCACAGUUAACACUUAUAUGCAGACAAUAGUUGUAAAAUAUAUUAUAAGGAUAGCUAUCACAGGACUGCAAUAAUCUCGACAUUAAAUAAACAUUUUUCCGUCAUCUUUGCACAUAUCAUUAAUUCGUAUACUCGAUGCUUUUGAAAAUAUUAUUUUGCAGACCUGUGAUAGUCGGGAGUCAACGAGGAGUAUAAGUCAGAAUAUAAUAAAAACAUCUUUUUUUACACGUACAAAUUUCAAUAUAAAGUUAAAAUCUUCAUUCACAUCGUACUUCUAUAUGCAUACGUACAAUUAUUAUUAAUAAUUCUCUGAUGAGAGAGAUAACAUAUAAUCGCUACGUGUGGUUAGUCUUCUGCUUAACACUCAUCAGACAUGUAUUAAUAUUAGCGUCACACCGCCACGAUGGAUGUAAUCUCUGUUCACUUGUUCAGACGUUUGUGUUUGUUUGUUUGUUUGUUUGUGUGUGUGUGUGUUUUUAUGAAAAAACUGUAAUAUAAAUAAAUGCUAUACAAGUCCAUCGUUUUA